AUGCAGGAGAAGCUCAAGGACAACGGGACUCCCACUUCAUCGAGAGUGUCUUCUUUUUUUAUCGAGAACAUACUAGGCAAAGGGACGGAUAAACAUGAGUCGGUCACGGACAGGAGUCGCGGGGAAGCCGGUGUGGAGACCGGCUCCUCGGACGGAGUCCUGAAGGCACAUCACGCCGAUGUGAGCGCCCCAGAGCCGGAUGGCUGUAGCUCCACAGCUCGGUCCCCGUACAGAGACUCGCCCUUACAGUGGUACCGCGGGGCAAAUGCCUUAAACUUCAGAGCUCUGGAAACACCACAAAGUCCAAGAGAUAAUACAAGUCCAGGUGACCACUGUAGCUCCAUAUCGACCAGUGACAGGGGCUCCCCAGCAGUAUCCGAACCGAUAACUGAGGACAGCGACGAGACCGACAGGAAGACAGGGGACAGCAACCUGACAGACGACAACGAGGAAAUGCACAACGGCUUUGACGCGCGGUCAGAGCAAGACCCGAGCUCCACCCGGAAGAAGAAGACCCGCACCGUUUUUAGCCGCAGUCAGGUGUUUCAGCUGGAGUCCACCUUUGACGUGAAGCGGUACCUGAGCAGCUCGGAGAGGGCGGGUCUGGCAGCGUCCCUCCACCUGACGGAGACUCAGGUCAAGAUCUGGUUCCAGAACCGGAGAAAUAAGUGGAAGAGGCAGCUGGCGGCAGACCUCGAGGCUUCACAUGUCCCACACUCCACCCAGCGGAUUGUCAGGGUCCCCAUUCUCUAUCACGAGGGCCCCGGACACACUGCUGCACUGGGCUUCACCAUGAACGGACAUCCACUUUCUGCACCCUUAGCCGGAUUCUCCAGCUACCCUCUGUCCUCGUUCGCUCACUCCAUGAGCUUGUUAAGAUCGCAGAUGACCGGCUUGGUGUAA